AUGCAUCAAGGUUGGCUGUUCGUGGGCGAGCUGUACGACUCGUGCAUGAGCUCUAACAGCACGAACAGUACAAUGGUGACUGACGCGUCGUUGAAAGUCCUGUCGCCGGUGUUAGAGCAGAUUGCUGCGACGAAAAGCAAGAAGAAGCUGUUUCGAUUAGCAGGAGUCUUGCACAAAGUAGGAACAAGCUUUUCAGCAGAGCUCGGUGUCGAAGUGAAUGCUCAAAAGCGCCGCGUGCGUGUUGUAUGCAGCGCAUUGAAUGGGGAUCGCGUGCAACAGCACCGCAAGUUCCACAGUGAUUGGUUGGGAAACAAACGCUUGCACCGCUUUUCGUAUCGCUGGAUGAUCCUGUCUCAACUCCUUGAAGAGCGCAUGUUGCUUAAGAACCUCACAGAUCAGAACGCUAACGUGAUCGUGCAAAUGCCCGAUUUUUUUAAGCGUGUUGAAAAGCUUGUGACUGGUGAUUCUGUGACUUUGGAAACCCUGAUUAGUGUGCUGAUGUACCAGUUUAUCAACGCCAAGGUAGAUUUCGUCAGCGAGUCUUUCAUUCAAGCGAAACUUCUCCAUUUAUGUGAUCGGACUGUUGGCGGUCAGAAGAAGCGUUCCAUGUGA